CUGAACUCCCUCAGUUGUGGCAGAUCAGAAUUUACAGACAAUAAUACAAAACCAAAAAAACAAUUCAAGAGCUCUGCUCUCUCUCUCUUCCUUCCCUCUCCCUUUAUAUCCUCUGUGACUUGCAGGUUGAUUAAGGGGUUAGAGAUUUGGAACAUAUCAAUGGUAUCAUCCUUCUCGAAUCCUGGUUUCCCUUCUGUGCACACCCACCCACCUACGUUUUCUGCCAUGGUUGCUGCAAACGAGGAUUCGCUUCGCGAGACCUUGGAUGCUCUAUUCGCACCCUACCUUGCUAGGAUCCGCUGUGCCCGUGAGUUGACUCUCAGCGCUGAGGGAGACUCCACUCUAACCCCUAUGUUCGUUAUCAACGAUGGGGGAGUUUCUGAUCCAACCCCGGCGAUUUCCUAUGACACUGAAUCGCACGAUCUCGGUUAUCCCAGACUUCAAGGAGAUGGCAAACAACCAAGAAUUCCAUCGCCAAUCAAAGUCCAUUCCGUUCUACCGUUGUUUUCGUCAUCACCAUUGUUGCGGGAAAUCACAUCUCCGUCCAUCAAGCCACAGUCGAAAUCGAACGCUUCAAUGGCAGUCCACACCAACAAUAGCAAACCAUUUUUGAGCAACAAAGAAGCUCCAACAAGUGGCACAAGGUCUAGGAACCACCAAAAUUGCAAUCCCCUUUCCACUUGCAGACCAGUCCGUUUGUGAUUCCAUCAACCUUGAGGAGUAUGGAGAUUACUAGAGCUUCAACUCACAGAUUAUAUGCCUCUGUAUGUUGCCCUCAACGCAUACGAACAUCACGAAGCGUCGACAUGAGGUAUUGACAUCCUUGCUUUCCACUUUUACAAAUCGGAAGGACAAAUGGUACUGGAUUUUGUUGUUUAUUCUGGCAUAUUAUAUUGGUGUUAUUGUGAUAUUGCAUGAAGACUUCUUGACUACAAAAUGUGGAUGGGUUAAUUGGUAUCUUGUGGGAAAAUUUGUGAAGAAAGAUUUUUAUGCCUUGGAACUGUUUGAGAAAAUGUCUAAGAAAGGUAGUGACGACAAAAUAGAUAUAUCUCAUUGGAGAGACCUCUACAGUUUCGAGAUCACUACUUAUAUCUGGAAUCCUUAUGGCUGCACAAUUAUUGCUAAGCUUUUAGUAAGUAAAUUUCAAGGAAUUUUUGCUAAUUUUCACCAAUAUGCUACAAGUGGACCACCAAUUUGGAAUGAGCUUUCCCAAUUUAAAAAUGUGGAGUUCGAUGAUGUUGCGAAGGAAAUUGAGAAUAGGGGUGUCAAAUGGAUAUCACUACCAACUGCUUCAAUCUUAAUUCUCUUGUUUGAAGAAAUGACUGCGAGUCGUCUUUAUGAUUUGGUGCCAAUUUCUUCAGUCAUUGAAGCAUAUUUGAUGAAUGAAAUUGGCAAAAAUGAUGUCAGACACAAGAAUUUUUCCUGUCCUACAAACCCAAUGUUAUCUCAGGAAAUUACUUACUACAUGGGUCUGGAACUUGGCUGGAUUAUGAUCAAAGGCUUUGCUAAUGAAGAGAUAUAUGUUCAGUUGCAUGAGAGUGUAAGAGGGUGUGAUGUAUAUCUUGUGCAACCCACAUGUCCUCCUGCAAAUGAAAAAUUUAUGGAGUUUCUUGUCAUGAGUGGUGCUUACCGGCUGAAUAUGGGUAGGAGGAUCCAUGAGUAUAUGUUGAAGAUGGGAUUAACGGAGAACUUGCAGGUUACGAAUGCACAACUGGAUCUUUAUGCAAAGAGUGAAAACAUAUCAUUACUGGGAUAUCUUAUAAUGCCAUAAAGAUAGCAAUAAAGCAUUGGAUCGAUUUUGGUACUCCACCACGUACUGUCAAGAGUUAUUUUUCUUCAACCAAUCUUGCGGUGUGUUUGUCAUUGCCAUUUUCCCAUGCCUGGGUACACUUGAAGACCUUGCUUUAUGCUUUGUUGAGCCUAAACUUGUCAAGGUCCUGCAACAUUAAUAAUGUCUUGACUAUUCCAGGCUUUGCUUAUACUUACACCUUAUUAAAUUCCCUCAUUUUGGGAACAUCUUUCUAUUCUACAAUUGAGACCUCCUUAAUGCUUUCAAGUUGUGUGAAACAACCAAAAUUUAUUUUAUGCGCUGGUGGGUAUCCUUCAACCUUCACUCCUACAUACUCAACAUUAAUUCUUAGGACUGAACCUCACUCUAAGAGAGUCCAGGUUACAUGGGAAGUUCAGUUGGGUGUCUUUCAUGGAGCUAUCAUAGGUGCGAAUAAAAAACAUAGGUGUGAAUCAUAUGCACGGGUUCAGACCAUCCUUGUACAGUGGGUUGUAUCUGUGCAACUUCACCAACAUGCUUCUCCCCACCCCACAAUUUUCUAUCUGGAGCAGCUGAUCCUGAAGUAUAGUGCUACUGCUAGUGCCAUAGAGAGUAAAGCAUGGGUGAUGGAGAGUUUGCAAAGGGGAGUGAAACAUCAACAAAACAGUAGGGUGAAUUACAAGCAAUCAAGGUUUCGUUCUGUUAUGAAGUCAUCUACAAAAGAAAUUACUUUUGAUCAGUAUUUUCAACAUGCACUACAAGGUGGAAUUGACAAGCUUGCGGGUGAUGCAUUGGCUAAAGCUGUCAAGCUGAUACUCUAUUUUCAGUACAAGGAAGGCAAGCGAAUGAGUGUUUUUGAGAAUCUAUUUUUCUGAAGGGAACUACCAUUGAAAUGUUUUGAUGUUGACUAGCGGGCAGUGGUUGCAAUUGAAUUGAAAACAUGCAUUUUCACAAGUGUGGCGCUGCAAGUUCUUAUGCUUCAUAAUUAGUGGUCUUAUGCUUCUUCCUUAGCUCCCAUUGUUGAACCUUCAACCACCUUGUUACUGAGAACAGAGGAAGGUCUACUGCAAAAACCUUCCCCACAAGCAGUAUUGGCUGAACUGAUUUCUCACCUUCCUUCCAAGAACGACAAAUUCACGCUUCGUUUGCAAGACUCCUUAACCUUGAGGACAAGGUUGUUUUUUCAAGGGAAGGGCAAUGUUAUGAACUUAGGAUUUAGUGAUUGGCUUAAUCACUAUUAGGGGUUUAAUAUUGGAUUCUUAGGCUUAUUCCUGUUAAUUAGUGAAGUCUGUUAGAAAUGCCAGCUGGCACUAAAGGUGUAAAAGUCUAUAAAAGGAGCUGAACUCCCUCAGUUAUGGCAGAUCAGAAUUUACAAACAGAAAUACAAAACCAAAAAAACAAUUAAAGAGCUUUGCUCUCUCUCUCUCUUCCUUCCCUCUCCCUCUCUAUCCUCUGUGACUUGCAGGUUGAUUAAGGGGUUAGAGAUUUGGAACAUAUCAGUCGUCCUCCUCCGUUGGCCAACUUCUUCUCCGCUCCUUCUCCUGGGUAUUUUUUUCAUCUCUAUUUUUCCUCAGAUCCCUCUUGCCUUUACCAAUUACCACGUAUAAAUACAACAUAAUCUCCACUCUCUUACAUAUCCUUCUUCUCGUUUUCUCCCAGAAAGAAUCAACACAGCCAGCCUCUACCCAUUAGCCACUGCUACCUACCUGCAAGUAAAGAAACAUUGCUAAUUGUGUACCUAUGACGAUGCAACGUUGAUAUGCUUCUGUGUCAAUUUGGCUUCAGUUAUUUGAAAAUCUGAGGCCAGGUUCUUCGCUCUUCUCAGAUUUUGCUGCUGAUCGGCUGUCAUCACACUAUAAACUUGGUUGCAAGGCAAGUUGAAAAUGCACAAAAGUUUGAUCGCGUCCUAUAGAAUUGCCAAAGAAGGUCAUCUCCAUUUCGUGCAAAAUCAAACUUCUUUUUGCACACAAAAAAACUAGCAGAAGAAGAAGAAGAAGAAGAAGAAGCACUUCUCAACCCCAACAAGCAACAAAUAACCAAACUCUCCAAGUGGACGAAUCAGCCCAAGAAGAAACCCUGGAAUUACCAACCCUAAAGGCGGCCUUGUCUGUCCAAAGCUUGGGAUAUCUUGGAUCAAAGAAAGAAAGAGAACCAAAUGUUGAUGAAGUGGAGAAUACCUGCAGCUACUAAAUUAAUUAAGGACACGAAGCAUCAUCUCAGGUUCUGGGCUCAUUCAGUUGCAUCAUCUGUAAGAUAACAACACUAACUUCUAUUUUUCUUAAUUUUAUUGUUAAUUAACUUCUAUUUUUCUUAAUUUUCUUGUUAAUUUGCUAGGCUAUAUUUCAUUGUUGUCACGCGGAAGAAUUACCAUUCACUAGAUCAUAUUUUGUGAUAUUCACAGGUGUAAAUUUUAUUCUUAAUUUUCUUCUUAAUUUUAUUGUAAAUGUAAGUUAUGUACCCCUCUUUUUGCUAAUUUUUUCUUGGGUUUGAUUUUUAUUCAUUUUCGAAUUUUCAAGGUGAAAUUUGUUGGUUCUUUGAUAUUUUGUUGUAAAUGAUAUGAAGGGGAUAAUGCUAUCCCAUCAACCAUUGAUGCAUUUGGAGAUUCUUUUGGAACGAA